AGUCUUCUACCUGGCUCCCUGCCGCUGCUGGGUGCUGUCCGCUAGGCUGCAGUCCUUUUCUCCACACUCCGCCCGCGCAUUCUGUCGAACACCUCGUCCUCUACAUCCUCAUCCCCGCCUUCCCAAUCCAGAACUCCUAAACCCUAGCCCUUCUUCCCGCCACCACCAUCCAUCCACAAUCCCAAGCGGGCCAUGCGGAAGAGGUAGCCUCCGCCGAUGGCCUGCUGCUUCCUCCGCGUCGCUGCGGCGCCCCGCCUCCUCCUCUACCGCGCCGCCGCUUCGCGGCAGCUCCCGUCGCCACUCACCGUAUUCAGGAAGGGUUUUUCGGAGCAGUCAGUUCUGCCAGUCACAGACUCGUCUGAGUGUUUUCAAGGACCAUCAGUGCAGAAUACUCCACGGAUUCCACUGUAUGAUGACAGCAUAUCCUCAAGCAUAUUAGACACAUUGUCGAAUCCGACUGAGGUUGUCCCUCAUGCUGAUCCUUCAAAGAGCAGAAUAAUGCUAGUUGACGGAACGUCGGUUAUGUACAGAUCCUACUACAAGAUAUUAGCACAGCUGCAGCACGGCCAGUUGGAGCAUGCUGAUGGAAAUGGGGAUUGGGUUUUAACUAUAUUCAAAGCUCUAUCCCUGCUUCUUGACAUGCUGGAGUUCAUUCCAUCUCAUGCUGCGGUUGUGUUUGAUCACGAUGGAGUUCCAUAUGGUCAUUAUACUGCCAUGCCAUCCAAAGAAUGUCACAUGGCAAAAGGAAUGACCUUUCGUCAUAUGUUGUACCCUGCUUACAAGAGCAACCGCACUCCAACACCCGACACAGUUGUCCAGGGCAUGCAAUACUUGAAGGCAUCCAUUAAGGCGAUGUCAAUAAAAGUAAUUGAGGUUCCAGGCGUUGAAGCUGAUGAUGUUAUUGGCACCCUGGCCGUAAACAGUGUUUCAGCUGGUUACAAGGUACGGAUUGUCUCUCCUGAUAAAGACUUCUUCCAAAUUUUGUCACCUUCUUUGCGUCUGCUCAGGAUUGCUCCACGUGGAUCAGGGAUGGUUUCAUUUGGAGUUGAAGACUUCGUCAAGCGAUAUGGAGCACUGAAACCCUCACAGUUUGUUGAUGUUGUUGCACUUUCAGGAGACAAAGCUGACAAUAUACCUGGAGUUGAGGGGAUUGGAGAUAUUAAUGCAGUAAAGCUGAUAACCAAGUUCGGUUCCUUGGAGAAUCUACUGAAAUCCGUGGAUGAAGUUGAGGAUGAUCGGAUUAAACAGGCUUUGAUUUCUCACUCGGAACAGGCAAUCCUUUGCAAAAGCCUGGCCACGUUGCGUUCUGAUCUUCCUUCUUAUAUGGUUCCUUUCAAGACAGCCGACCUUGCAUAUAAGAAGCCACAGGAUGAUGGAGUCAAAUUCAUAAAACUCUUACGAGCAUUGGAAGCAUAUGCAGAAGGCUCCUCAGCAGACCCAAUCAUCAGAAGAGCAACCUAUCUUUGGAACAAACUAAAAUGAUGAUGACGCUGAUGCUUUCAGCAUUGACUAAAAAGGAAUUUUACCAAGGCUAAGAGUUUGGAUUCAAAGCCUGGUGACGUAGUGGUCAAUACUGAUGCCAUUGACUUCUGUGGAUUCGGCAGUCAGCCAUACCCAAAUUGCAAAAUCAAAUUGUUGCUGCCAUAGGUGUGCAGAAAUGCAUAAAUCGAAGGUGCCGCUGCUUAGGCAAAGAAGCUGUGUGUUUAUAUCACGCAACUUAGUUCUGUAGAUAAAAAAUGCACAACAUUGUUCCGCCUUUUUUGAGAAAGCUCGCGGAAUCCAUCUGAUUUUUAUAUUUCUGUACUACCAAUUACAAAAGGGAUUGCACAGGUGGAGCUGUGGAGGCCAAAGCAA